AAUGGCGGAUGAAGCAGUGCUAACUCUCGGUCCAAAAAAUCCGAUGUUGUUGGUGAAACAAAACAAACAUGUGUCGGGAUAUGUUUGGAACCAAACAAGUAAGAAAGUCUUGAAGCUGAGAUUACCCCACAUUCCUUUGAAUGGUGUCCCUCCACUAAUUGAACAAUACGUUCGAUUGGCCGGAUUUUACGAGGUCGCUCUAUGUGGUUCUCUCAAACAAGACAAAGUGUUGAUAUCCGCAUUGGUGGAGCGUUGGCGGCCCGAGACGCACACCUUUCAUAUGCCGUUUGGAGAGUGCACCAUCACUCUUCAAGAUGUUGCCGUUCAGCUGGGAUUAAAUAUUGAUGGGCAACCUGUUACCGGGGUGACAUGGUGUGACUGGUUUGAUCUCGUUACUCGUGCGCUAGGAGUCACUCCACCGCGACGUGCUAUUAGAGGAAGUUGUUUAAACAUGAGAUGGUUAAACCAGUGUUUUGAUUUUCAAAACCUAGGUGCACUUGGGCCGGCAGAAGCUGAAUUUGCUGCAAGAGCAUUCAUUUUGCGCUUGAUUGACACUUUCUUAUUACCCGACCACUCGGGAUCACAUGUGCCUCUAAGAUAUCUACUACUAAUAGAGAAUUUAGCUCUGGCCUCCAGUUGGGGUUCGGCUGUGCUUGCAACUCUCUAUCAUGAGUUAUGCCAUGCAACCGGUUAUGAACGACAAGAAAUCGGUGGUUGUACUUAUUUGCUCCAAAUCUGGGCUUGGGAAAGGAUUCCAAUGACUGCCCCUGAAAUCAUACCGAUGUUGCAAAUCGGCUGCCCCAUCGCAGGAAGGUGGGGAAGAAACCCAAAUCGUGUUGACGUUGGUCGUCAAACGAAUCAAAUUGAUUUGUGGCGGAUCAAGCUCGACGAACUGAGAGCUGAAGACUUUGUCUGGAGGCCAUACCCAGAUCAUGUUAUAAAUUCGCUACCGGAACGGUGUUGGCAAAGUAUGCACUUGUGGAGAUCAGUUGUGCCAAUGAUAUGCUACACCUUUGUUGAGUGGCAUCAACCGGAUAGAGUCUUGCAACAGUUUGGCCUGUUUCAGGGGGUACCUGACCCACCAUAUCAAAUUGAUAAAUUGCAUGACAUAACUUUGUCGGGGAAGGAAAAGGAAGAUUGGGUUACAGCCAUGAUGCCCUUUAUACAGAUGUGGGGGCAAAGACACCAAAGGAUAGUUCAACAACCCGUGGUUAAUACGUUAGCUAGCCCUAACGACCGUUACAUGAAGUGGUACGCCCAACAUUCCAUUCGUUGGCUAACGCGUCAGAGUUUGACAACAGGGCAAAUUGGUGAAAACAUUCAACAUGUGUGGUAUGGACUUUCUGACGUCGGUCGCGGUAUGUAUACACCUGAGGAAAUGCAAAGCCAAGCCGCGCGUUGCCUUACUUUAUGUCACCAUCUGGACAGGAUUACUGUUCCUGCCGCGUCAGUUGAACUCAUGCAUACAGACUUACCACGUCCCACAAUUGAAGACGUACCACAUGUUGGAAGAGCAGAAGCACAGGGUUUGGGCAAGUAUUGGAAAGAGGUGCAUGCUCAGGAUGUGACUAUACAUGGAGGUACUCUACCACCUCGAGAGGGCGAGUACUCGUUGUAUCCCCUACAUCAUGGUGAUUCAUACCGACAGUACCACUUUGGUGGUGGGUCGAGACAGCCUGCAAAUGAGUCAGGGUCAUCUGGUAGUUCCCAACACUACCAAGAGCCACAGAUGCAGAUGCCGGAGUCACAACCAUAUUCUGGCUCACAGCCAUACAUUCCGGACAUGCCAUUUGGUGAAUCACAGUCACAACAAUAUUUUCAAGAGGAGCCUCAUUCGAUUUAUGACCAGUUCAGGACACCGAAAAUGCAGCACAUUGAUCCCCAAGGAUGGAGCCCUGCACCUGGAUGGGGAGGCGGUGGUGUAAGUGAAGUGUUGGAUAUUCCCCGAGCUUCUGACGUGUUGAAUCCCCGAGCCUCAUUCUAGAAUGCUGUAAACCCAGAUGCGAUCAGCAAUGCACAGGCUAGCUUUGUGUUUGACUUGAACCAAGCAUUUGGAGUAGGAGAUAAUGAGUCCAACAUCCAACAUGGACUUUCUUAUGGCCAAGGUAGCCAACAGGAGAACCAAGCAGAACAGGAGGGUAGGCCAUAUCGAGUAGCGAGAGACACACCUUGGCCUGAUUGCGGAACAGGAUCCCA